AUGAAAAAGUUGUGGUCCUCAGACCAGUACAUCCAAAGACUGUACCGGGAAUAUCUGGAGGAAGUGACCCGAAUCGAAACGGGCAAAGAUCAGGUCACCCUAGGCGACCUGGCGGCCUAUCUCAGCAACGAGAUACCAAUCGAUAAAAAGGCGUUCGGUUUCAGUUGUUUCACAAGACUACGCGAAGUAUGCAACAGUCUGUGGAAAAUCAAGUCCGCUCCUUUGCAUAAGGUGAAAAUUGUUGAGUUCGAUGGUGAAUUGGCAAUCUCCGUACAAGCAAUCGAGAAAGGCAACGAGAGAAUCUUUACCAAAGAGAAUGUAAAGAAACUCCAACAACUGCUAAAAGGAGAAGUGAAUGACGCUCUCUCUCACAGAUUCACGACCGAGAAAGUUGUGAAGAGUGAGGUAGUCCGAGUCAUCCAGCAGUAUCCUCAGUGCAACAGCUUUGUCAGAAAAGGUGGCAAAGUGAGUCGAGCAGCACACAAAUUUGUGCACAGAGCUCGCCUCAACUUGUUGUCGUGCAACUAUAACACGUACGACAACACAAAGUCAAAAGAAUGCAGAAGAUGUCAUUAUGAGAAUGAAACUCAGUGGCACAUCCUACAAAGUUGCACUUUCGGACUCCCGAAAAAAAUCACUGAAAGACAUGACGCAGUGCUCAUGAAAGUGAAAAAACUCAUCGAAGCUGGUUCAAAGAAAGACUGGAAACUGAAAAUAGAUCAGGAAAUACCAGGAUUCACCAGACUUCGACCAGACAUCUACAUGAGAAGUCCAGAUGGAAAAGAAAUCAUCAUGGCCGAUGUAGCCUGCCCAUAUGAGCAUGGUGUGGAAGCCAUGAAAAGAAGCUGGGACAAAAAAAGGUUCAGAAGUACUCUGACGGUUUCAGCAAUCUCAAGGCUCAGGGCAAAAAAAGCUUACUGUCCUACCAAUAAUAGUUGGAUCUCUCGGAAGUUGGUGGAAGCCCACAACUGA